AUGGAAGCAGACUUACUAGAAUUAGAACACGUAUUUGGAUACAGUGGCAGGUACCAGCAAACAGCUCUAUUUCAUUCAACAGACCCCUCUUUCAUUCUCUACACUAUUGGUGCCCUGAUUGUUAUUGAAAAUAUUAAUGACAAGCAUUCUCAGUUCUUUCUCAGAGGCCAUGAUAAUGAUAUUUCUGCACUUGCCAUAUCAAGAAAUGGCUUAUUGAUAGCCUCUGGCCAAAUUGGCUCUCAGCUUCAAAAGAACCACGAAGCUCCAGUAAUUCUAUGGAAUUACCGUAACCGCGCUCCAGUUACUCAAUUUGGUGGCAUGACAGGAAAGGUAACGAAGGUAGAAUUCACAGCAGACAGUAUGUUCUUAGCAGCAUCUACAGAAGAUGGAAGACUUCAAGUAUGGGACUGCAGAGAUGGCUCUGUUGUAUUUAAUAGAAGAUCUGAAUUCCCAGUCUCAACUUUUGCCUGGGGACCAGUUAGCGACUCUGGACAAGGACUUCCAGGAGCAAGUCGUCACCCAUCUUAUAAGCUCGUCAUGAGCUUCUCAGGCCAACUUGUGGUAAACCGCUUUGACUAUGACAUUGCUUCCAUGUCGUAUAGGAUUUCUCCAUCAAAUUGUCAGCAGCCCAGCAGUGGCAUGAACAGAAACUUUUCAUGCUCAAUAAUCGACUCUUCUGGAGACUAUUUAUUUGCAGGCACUCCAAGUGGUGAACUAGUGGUUUAUAAUAUAACGAACCAAGUCUUCAGAGGGAGUGUUCCAAUCUCAAGCAAUGGCUUAUUGGCACUUCUGGAAAUCAACGGAGUCAUCUAUGCUGGCUCUGGAGAUGGAAAGGUAAAACAGCUUACCGGAAGGGAUGGAAAAUGGGCAGUUAUUGCUGAAAUACAAGUCCCUGGACGAGUUAUGUCCUUAUCAUCACAGAGUGAUCGGUCUGAAAUACUGUGUGCGACUUCAUUAGGCUGCAUUUUCAGGAUGUCGCCCCAGAACUUGAGCAAUGUUUUACACUCAGAAAGCCCUGUAGGGUCUGUAAAAGAUGUUUCUUUUGGAAACCGAAGUGACAUGUUUUUAGUUGUGGAUGCCGCAGGUUUUGCAAGAAUUUGGGAUAGCAGCGACUAUUCAGUUGUGUUUAGGUCUGGACCUAAUUCGCGAGCAGAAGGCACAAGCUGUGCGGUUGGUGAUGAUGGAAGUGUUAUCACUGGCUGGAAGGAUGGGUUUAUUCGAUGCUAUGACCCUUCAAAUUCUCAAUUAAGGUGGGAAAUCCAAAAUGCCCAUAGAGGUGCAGUAACCUCUGUAUUUAUGAAUCAAAAUUAUAUCUUAUCUGGAGGAGAAGACGGAACUCUUACUCCAUCCAUUUAUUAAAGAGGAAUCCAAAAUCUUUUAAAAAAAGUUAAAUAUUUCUCGACAAGAUUUCAUACUAUAGCGCCUUUAAAAGACAUUUAUAAUCUACUUAAACAGUUUUUAAAAUAUUUAAACCAAAAAACUGUAUUAUGCAUUGCAAUAAUUUCUUAUCAUGCAUAUGCAUGUCUUUUUUAAAUUUGGUAUGUGAAAACCAAAUAUGCGUUUCAAAACGCAGAUUUUAGCGCGGCAGAUUCAUAAUUUGAAAUUUCAUAUGGAAAUGGCCCAUAUAGCGUCCAUAAGAUUUUUUUACCAACGGAUUAUAUUAUAUUUGGAGUGUUAGACUUUGGGGUAGGCAAAACCACCAGCUUCUGACUCAGUUCACUGAUAAUAGACGUGCCAUUACUAGAGUGAUGCCUGAUGUAAUUCAGCCACAUUUAGUUCAUUCUUGUGGCAUUGACAGAAUUAUAAAUACUUAUGACCUUAAACUUGAAAGAAGGGUCGUGAGGCAUGAAAUUGGCAAUGGAGCUAUCUUUGAUAUGUCACAAAGAAAAGAUAACGAAAAUGAGCUUAUAACCUGUGGAAUUGGAGGAGCUAUUCUAUUCUGGGACUGUGACGAAGUAAACCCUGUACAGCAAAUCGUAUAUCGCGGACAGCUAAAUGCUCUUGAUGUAUCUCCAUCAGGGAGAUAUUUAGCAGCAGGGUCUGAAGAAGGAGAACUAUUUAUUUUUGAGAUUAGAACACUGCAAUGCGUAGCUCAAGGAAUUGGCCACUCUUCAAGAAUUAACAGACUAAAAUGGAGCCCAGAUGAAAAGCAGGUGGUUACUGUAAGUGAUGACUGCUCGAUCGCGUUGUGGAACUUUUAUGCUUACUCCCCCCCUCCGUGAGUGAACAAAAAAAUUUUGUUCACUCACGGAGGGGGCUAAAUUUUUUUUUUUAAAAAAAUUUAUAUAUAAAUUUUAUAGAAAUUUUUUUUUUUCGAAAUUUAAAAAAAUCCUAAUUUGCAAAAAUUUGAAAGCAAAUAUUAAUUUAAUUUAUAAAAUUUAUGUUUUAAAAUGCAAUUUGUUUAAAAUUAAACAGAAUUAGCUCUAGAUUUCAUUAUAUUAAUUAUCAUUUAUAUAUCAAAAUUUUUUUUCCAUAAAAUUUUUUCUAUAAAAAAAUUUUUGUUCACUCACGGAGGGUGGGUUUUUGGGCAAAAAACAGCGAUUUUUCUAAUGGUUUUGUUCACUCACGGACGGGGGGAGUUAG